UCCGAGUAAAAUGAGCGCAACGUUCUAAUAUUAUGUGCGCUCUUUUCGGGUAGUCUUUGAGUGAUUGAGUGUCGCUCGUGUCUGGUCGCACAGCACGGCGGCAAAUAUGCCGAAAUGUUCUUUGAAAAAUUGUAAAAAUAUUACUUCAAAAAUAUUAAAAAAGGAUGGCAUAUCGUAUUUUCGUUUUCCUCGUGACCCAAUAAAAUGUGCAGAAUGGACAACAAUCGUCGGUCAACAAAGGUGUGAAGAGAAUUUUAAGCCGAAUAGUUCAAGCGUCGUUUGUUCUGAGCAUUUUUUGGACAAAGACAUGUAUGUCACUUCACAGGGCAUAAAACGUAUUAGGAAAACGGCUGUUCCUAGCAUAUUGAUUGCCAUACCGGUUAAGGAUAAAAAGAAAGUCGAAUCUCCUGAUACUUCUCUUGAUAUAGAGUCAAUGUUGGAAACACCUCAAAAUGUUGGAAUGAAAAACGAACUUGAAAAAUGCCGCAAAAAGUUAAGAAGGAAGAAUAAUAAAAUUAAGAACUUGAGGAAAAAAUAUACGAAACUUCUUAAGGCUUCCAUUUUACUAAGGAAUGCUGUAAAAGUUCCAAGAAAAAGUAUAUGCUUAAAUAACACCACCUGAAUUAAAUAUAUAUAGAGCAUCUUCGGAGUCUUUCAUACAACUUAUCCGUUCCAAUACCCAUAUAAAUAGUUCAUUCGUAAACUUACAUGUACUUUCACGGCACGAGACCGCUUCCAAUUC